AUGCCUUCAGAAGAUGGCGUCUGGUGUGUGGCGCCUGAGAAGCGGAGGUUACCUGACACUGGUGUAGGCAAAUCAAGUAUUGUGUGGCGAUUUGUAGAAGACAGCUUUGACCCUAACAUCAACCCAACGAUAGGAGCAUCUUUUAUGACAAAGACUGUGCAGUAUCAAAAUGAGUUGCAUAAAUUCCUAAUCUGGGAUACAGCUGGACAGGAACGAUUCCGUGCUUUAGCACCAAUGUACUACCGAGGCUCAGCAGCAGCUAUUAUAGUUUAUGACAUCACAAAAGAGGAAACCUUCUCAACAUUAAAGAACUGGGUGAAAGAACUUCGACAACAUGGACCUCCAAACAUUGUUGUAGCUAUUGCGGGAAAUAAGUGUGACCUUAAUGAUGUAAGAGAAGUCAUGGAAAAAGACGCUAAAGACUAUGCAGAUUCCAUCCAUGCCAUAUUUGUAGAGACCAGUGCUAAAAAUGCAAUUAACAUAAAUGAACUCUUUAUAGAAAUUAGUCGUAGAAUUCCAUCAACUGACACCAACCCCCCAUCUAGCGGUAAGAGCUUCAAACUUAGAAGACAGCCUUCAGUGACAAAACGCAGCUGUUGUUGA